AGGCUCCGAGCGAGCGGGGCUCGAACUCCUGACCUCCUGGUCAGAGUGAUUCAUUGCAGCUGGCUUGCUCUCCCGCCUGCGCCACAGCCCGGGACUCUCUCCGUGGACCUUAGGAGAUGAUUUCCUGAUGCCAGGCGUUGGUGCCUGGUAUCCGACCAGGGGGUGGGCCUUGGCCCUUCAUGAUUCCUCCCGUGGAGUGGGCGUAGACCUCCAGGGACGGGGCCCCCGGCCUGUCUCCUUCAGAGAGGUCUUCCACACUGGGCAUGCGUACAGGCAGCAGAGGAGCAGAGCUGGCGUCGGGCUUGGACUGGCCGUGGAAGCCUUCCACAACAGCGGGGAGGGAGGGGCUUGGGCUGGCUGCGUGGCCGGAGAGGCCUCUUCCGCGCCGGGACUCGAGGAGGGCGCGCACCCGCCGCUUCCCCUUUAAACAUGCCAAUGAGCUCCGUCCCCGGAGCGACAGCCAGGCGGACCCCGGGCGGCCAAUCAGGAGCGCGGCUGCUCCGCACGGGCCCCGCCUCUUCUCUUCUCUCCCCUGGUGGUGACGUCACUCGGCCCCCCCCCCUCUCUCGGAGCGGCGCCAUUUUGGGAGGCUGAGGCGGGAGCGGCGUCGCCUGAGGAGAAAGAAAAGAAGGAAAGAAGCCUCGCUGGGAGGCCGAGGAAGGAAGGAAGGAAGGAAGGCAGGAGGAGAGGGAAAUGAGGAUUCUGUGGAGCCACGUCUUGGGUGCCGUAAGGAAAGAAAUACAUGAAGAAGAAAUCCUCUCAAAGUGUUGACCAGGGAAAUGAGGAUUCUAAGAAGAAGAAAUCCUCCCAAAGUGAAGAUCUUGCUGAAUUCCUGAUCUCACUUACAGAUAAGAAAGAAAAAAAGAAGAGUCAAGUAUCUGUAUUCUAAUGAAACACCGAUAUCACAGUGGACAUGAAGGAGAAAGCAUCUAAAUACCUGGAGUGUGGAAAGAGUGAGUUACACUUAGAGUUAUGGUCUGCAGCGACAUGAAAGGACACACACUGCGGAGAAGCCCUAUGAAUUCCUGGAGUGUGGAAAGAGCUUUGCGCAGAGUGUAGAUCUAUGUUCACAUCAAAAGACUCACACUGCGGAGAAACCUUAUACACGCAUGGAGUGUGGAAAGGGCUUUAGUUGCAGUUCAAAACUAUGUUUGCAUCAGAAAAAACACACUGGAGAGAAACCCUAUAAAUGCCAGGAGUGUGGAAAGAGCUUUGCGCAGAGUUCAAAUCUACGUUUGCAUCGAAGGACUCACACUGGUGAGAAACCAUAUACUUGCCUGGAGUGUGGAAAGAGCUUCACUUAUAGUGGAAGUCUAUGUAAACAUCAAAGGACUCACACUGGUGAGAAACCCUAUUUAUGCCUGGAGUGUGGAAAGAGCUUCACUGAGAAUGGAAGUCUACGUUCACAUCAAAGGACUCACACUGGUGAGAAACCCUAUACAUGCCUUGAGUGUGGACAGAGCUUCACUGCUAGUGGAAAACUACGUUCACAUCAGCGGACUCACACUGGGGAGAAACCCUAUACAUGCCUGGAGUGUGGACAGUGCUUCACUGCUAGUGGAAAUCUACGUUCACAUCAAAGGACUCACACUGGGGAGAAACCCUAUACAUGCCUUGAGUGUGGACAGAGCUUCACUGAGAAUGGAAGUCUACGUAAACAUCAAAGGAUUCACACUGGUGAGAAACCCUAUACAUGCCUGGAGUGUGGAAAAAGCUUUGCUCGGAGAGGAAAUCUAGAUUCACAUCAAAGGACUCACACCGGGGAGAAACCCUAUGCAUGCCUGGAGUGUGGAAAGAGUUUCACUGAGCGUGUAAGUCUACGUAAACAUCAUAGGACUCACACUGGGGAGAAACCCUAUUCAUGCCUGGAGUGUGGAAAGAGUUUCACUGAGAGCGGAAGUCUGCGUUUACAUGAAAGGACUCACACUGGUGAGAAACCCUUUAAAUGCCUGGAGUGUGGACAGAGCUUCACUGCUAGUGGAAAGCUACGUUUACAUCAGCGGACUCACACUGGGGAGAAACCUUAUACAUGCCUUGAGUGUGGACAGAGCUUCACUGAGAGUGGAAGUCUACGUAAACAUCAGCGGACUCACACAGGGGAGAAACCCUAUUCAUGCCUGGAGUGUGGAAAGGGCUUCACUCAGCGAGAACAUCUCGAUUCACAUCAAAGGAUUCACACCGGGGAGAAACCCUAUACAUGCCUGAAGUGUGGACAGAGCUUUGCUCGGAGUGGAAAUCUAAAUGCACAUCAGCGAACUCACACUGGGGAAAAACCCUAUACAUGCCAGGAGUGUGGAAAGAGCUUCACUGCGAGUGGAAGUCUACGUAAACAUCAAAGGAUUCACACGGGGGAGAAACCCUAUUCAUGCCUGGAGUGUGGAAAGAGCUUCACUUAUAGUGGAAGUCUAAAUUUACAUCAAAGGACACACACUGGUGAGAAACCCUUUAAAUGUCUGGAGUGUGGACAGAGCUUCACUGCUAGUGGAAAACUUCGUUCACAUCAGCGGACACACACUGGGGAGAAACCCUAUACAUGCCUGGAGUGUGGACAGAGCUUUACUGAGACUGGAAGUCUACGAAAACAUAAAAGGACUCACACUGGGGAGUAACCCUAUACAUGCCUGGAAUGUGGAAAGAGCUUUACCAAGAGUUUGAAUCUAUGUUACCAUCAAAGGACUCACACUGGGGAACAACACUAUGCAUGCCUGGAGUGUGGAGAGAGCUACACUGAGAGUUGAAUUCUAUGUAAAUAUCAAAGGACUCACAUUGGGGAGAAACCCUAUAGAUGUCAGGUGUGUGGACAGAAUGUUUCUGAGAGUGGAAGUCCAUGUUCACAUCAUAAGACUCACAUGGGAAAAAAAACUUAUGAAUGCUUUGAAUGGAGACAGAGCUUCACUCAGAAGGGAUUUCUACAUUCACAUCAUAGGCCUCACACUGGGGAGAAACGGUAUAAGUGCCUGGAGUGUGGACAGAGCUUCACUGAGUUUGGAAGUCUACGCUGUCAUCAAAGAACUCACUUGGGAAAACCGCCAUAAAUACCUAGAUUGUGUACAGAGCUUCACUCGUGCACAUCUACGUUCACAUCAAAGGACUCACCAGGGAGAAACCUUAUAGAUGCAUGUUGUGUGAAUAGCACCUCUGAGAGUUGAAAUCUACAGACACAUAGAAUUGAGUGGUGUUUGACCCCAUAAGGUUCUCUAAAACAGAGCUUUUCAAAAUUUUCAUGUUGGUGAUGCACUCUUUAUCAGUAAAAUGACAUUUUUA